AUCUUCAGCUAUGGGCAUCUUUUCGGGAGGAGUUUUGGUGACUUUUUUCUUAAUUUAUAUCGAGUACAUUGUGGCUGACCAGCAUUGCAUAGGAAAAACAAUUAACCAAGCCUUGCAAUAUGAACGGCAUCUGUCCCAAGCAUUUCUUACUCUGGAGGUCAUUGGAUUACAGCAAUGCUCACAAAAGUGUUUGAUGAGAACAAAAUGUCAGAUAAUAUCUUUCGAUUUUCACACGUUUACUUGUGAACUUGGUGAAGACAUUUCGUAUAGUGUCUUAUCGUCUAGGAAUACGACUGGAACUAUUUCUAGGUCCACUUUACUACAGUAUGAGGUAUCCCUAUUAACUUCCUGUGCUGGUCAUUCUUGUAAUGUGGACAAUGUCUGUAUAGAACUGUCCAGUGGGCAGUCAACCUGUGUGUCCACUCUUGUAUACACUGCAACAACAACCACAGCAAUGUCAACGACGACGACAACGACACUACCAACAACGACAACGACACCACCACCACCAACAUCGACGACGCUGCCACCAACAACAUCGACGACGACGCUGCCAACAACGACUACUCAAGUUGCCGAAGUUCUGUGUGGAAAUAUCCCCUCGGUCACGAACGCGGUCACGCCAACAUCUGCAGAGAGGUCAGUUGGAACAACUUUGUCAUACACAUGUAUCACAGGACAUAUUCUGACCGGAAACCCAGAUAUUACGUGUCAGCAGAAUGGUCAGUGGUCUUCACUGACCUUGGUUUGUAUUUCGUGUGAUACGAAUGUUUUCACCUAUAACCAAGAUCUUAAUUUUUGUUACAAACUAGAACUAGACAUACGCUAUAAAAACACGGAAGCUCGGUCUUACUGUUCUGGGUUGGGUGGUCGUCUGGCUAAGGUGGACACCACACAGAAACUUGAUUUAUUAGUUUCAUACAUCCCGUCUAACGCUAGAGCUUUUGUGGACGGAUCGGACAGUGCCGUAGAAAACACAUGGGUCUACUCAGACGGUACAAGUGUUAAUAUGGACCUCUUUCCUACCGGAACGCCAACAAUAGAUACUGGACUUAACUGUAUGAUAAUACAAGGAAGUACAGGAUUGAUGAAUGAACAGGACUGUUUGUUAAACAGGUUUGUAAUAUGUGAUAAAACAUUGGUAUGAUUCACAACAGUCACAAGGAUUUUAUAUAUCAUAACACUGAAACUAUUUUUGAUUAUUUUCAUUGUUAAUCAUUUGCAUCAUGCAGAUUAUUGUUGAAUUUUGAUGAAAUAAAAUAACAUUGAACCAUUAA